AUGGUCGGCGUGGACUUGGAGAUCGAUGAGAGCAAGUUGUGGGACCCGGAACGGCGCCAAGCGUACAUGGAUGCACUGCCGGACAUGACGUUGUUCGACGACCACGUAGUCGAGGGCGACGAGAUGGUGGCCGCGAUUCAAGCGCUCAUUGAAGACGGCGAGACGGCCGAGAGUCUCGCGCUCCAUUGGAAGAAACAGGGCAACGACAUGUUCGCGGACGCCAAGAAGGCGCAUCGAGGGUACUUCCCGAGCGCGCUCAAGUGCUACAAUGACGCGCUCGUGUACGCGUACAAGGCACUGGCGCUGCCGAUGGAAGAGCGCGAUCUGUCGUACGACCUGAAGCAGCUCACGUCGCAGAUUCUGUGCAAUCGAGCAGCUGUGCAGCUGGAGCUCAAGAACUAUGGGAGUUGCCGCUCGGAUGCCGCGAAAGCUAUUCAUCUGGAUCCGAGUAAUGUCAAGGCCUAUUUCCGCGGUGCUAAAGCUUCUCGGAUGCUUCGGAAGCCAACGGAUACGCUGCGGUACUGCGAGGAAGGGCUCAAGCACGACCCGGAGAACAAGUUGCUGCUCAAGUUGCAGAUAGAGGGACGGAAAUUGGUGCAAGAGCUGCGUGCUGAGAAGCUCAAGUAUGAGAGGGGACGGAUGCAACGUCGCGCGGCGACGGACAAGUACCGCAAACUGUGCACAGGUCGCGGUAUUCGAGUGGGUCGUGCGUUAGUGGACGACGAGCGCGUGCGGCAGUACGAAGGCAAAGCUGACGUGGACCCGGCAAGCGGUAACAUGUACUGGCCUGUGCUUUUUCUCUAUGACCAGCACGGCACGUCCGACUUUGUGCAGUGCUUUGGCGAGCAGGACUGCGUGAUUGAACACCUGGCAAACAUGUUUCCAGAGACCGGUCCAUUUGCCGAGUGGGACACAGAGAAGGAGUUUGUGGCGUCCAAGUUAGUUGUCUACGCUGCUGCGGACAGCGUUGUGCCGUACGCAAGUCCGAAAGCGUGGCACGUCAGUCUCAGCGGCGAAAAAGAAGACGAUGACGAAGAAGUGCAGCGCGUCCGUCUCGAGGAGAAGCACGAGGCCAAGACGCAGUUUUGGAUCGAGCUGUCGCCUUUUUGCACGCUGCGGCAGCUGUUGACGUAUGAGAAAUACGUCGUACCUGGCAUCCCUGUGCUUCAUGUUUUCGUACGCGACUCUGAAGCACGCCGCAACUUUAUCACGCGCAUCGAGCACAAGGUCAUGACGCUGGACGGCGCAGCAGCGAUAGACAAGAGCCAUGCGUGA